GUGAAACCAAAAGUAAGAGACUUGUGUACCUGAUUAAUAGAUAUAAAGAUAAGAUGAUGAAGAAGAAGCGAAGCUAGUUGAAGCCCUGAUGUUUCGAAUUUCGCCGAGAAACGCACUCGAUUUCUUGUUUCUCUGAGAAUCUCUCUACGAGGCAGGGUAAUUGUAAAGUUGUUAAGGGAGUUGAAUGUAAUUUGCGAAAAGAAGUAUGAUAUAGGGGUGUAGGGGAAGUCGUGGUUUAGUUGAAAACCUAAAUAGUGUGUGGUUGGGGGCGAUGGAAGAAGAAGCAGUUGGAGAAGGGUCGGAGGCGGUUCGGCGGGCGAGGAAGCUGCUGUUUCGGCGAAUGCUGGUGGGGAUCAAGGAUGGAAGAUUCUUUUUGGGCGGAUUCUACUGCAUCGACAAGCAAGGCAACAUCAUUCUCCAGGAUGCCGUCGAGUAUCGCACCACUCGCCGAUCCUCUCCGUCUUCCCUAGAAGAGACUACUCUACUUGUAUUCGAUCGUUAAUUGGCCACGUGUCAUGUUGAUUGCUCUAUCGACGAACAGUUGUCCCUUCUAUCUCUUACUUAGUUAGUUAUUAUUGUCUUCUCUUUCUUCCAUUUUACUCUUUGUAUGUUUAUUACAACUCUUGCUUCAAACUUAACUAUUAUAAUUUAUUAACAAAGAAGAGACUACUCUACUUGUAUUCA